UGACAUCUUUCCCCCUUCCCUUCACUCCCCUUCAGUCUCUCCCUUUCUUCUCCGUCAACCCCCCUGUCCUCGGUUUCUCAUAAUUGGGCCUUGCGCUGUCCUUACCCACUCCUACACCAUUCCAUCACUAAUCGCCGAUUUUCUAAAAGUACACCUGUAAUCUUGUUCCCCGGGAAAAUGAGUUCCAGCAAGGAUCCACAAUCUCAAAUCCCCGCCAACAGCAAAGGCUCUUGGUCGAGUUUCCUCAAGUCUAUUGCCUCUUUCAACGGCGACCUGUCUUCCUUGACCGCUCCACCUUUCAUCCUCUCCUCUACCUCCCUGGUGGAAUAUUCCGCCUACUGGGCCGAACAUCCGAGUCUGUUCGUGGCCCCGGCCCAGGAACCAGAUCCCGAGAAGAGAGCCCUGGCUGUCUUGAAAUGGUUCCUCAGCACUCUGCACCAACAGUACUGCAGCCGCAGUGAGAAGCUGGGCAGCGAGAAGAAGCCCCUGAACCCCUUCCUGGGUGAGCUUUUCAUCGGAAAAUGGAUUGGCGACGCCAACGUGGGCGAUACCUCCUUGAUCAGUGAGCAAGUCAGCCACCACCCUCCCGCCACCGCCUACGCUAUCACGAACGAGAAGCACGGUGUCGAGCUUCAAGGAUACAACGCACAGAAAGCGUCCUUUUCCAGCACCAUCCAAAUCAAGCAGAUCGGACACGCGCUCUUGACCAUCACCCCGCCGUCUGCAGAUAAGAACGACCCUGCCCAGCAAGAACAGUAUCUCAUCACCCUCCCUCAUCUGCACAUUGAAUCCUUGAUCUACGGCACACCCUUUGUCGAGUUGGAGAAGACGACGAAGAUUGUCAGCAGCACGGGCUACGUGGCCAAGAUCGAUUACUCCGGCAAGGGAUGGCUGAGCGGGAAGAAGAAUACGUUCACUGCGAGCUUGUUCAAGGAAAGUGAGGGCGAGAAGAAGCCCCUUUACACGGCCGAAGGCCAAUGGUCGGAGAAAUUCACCAUUCGGAAUGCCCGCACUAAGGAGGAGGUCGACAAGCAUGUGGUGAAGGACGCCAAGACCACUCCUCUUCAGCUGGCCCCUGUCGAUCAACAGGACCUCUACGAGAGCCGACGUGCCUGGAGCGAUGUGGCUGCUUCGAUUGAACGCGGUGACAUGGAUUCCGUGUCCGCGCACAAGGGUCGCAUUGAAAAUGCCCAGCGCGAGCUUCGCAAGGUUGAGAAGUCAGAAGGCCGCGAAUGGCCUCGGCGAUUCUUCAAGCGUAUCAACGAGGGUGAGGAUGAUGACCGGUUCAAGAGCCUCGCCCAGACGAUCGGUCUUACGUCCCUCGAAAGUGACAAGACCGGUGGAGUAUGGCGCUUCGACCGCGAACGCGCUGUCGGUGCCCAACCGCCUUACCACCCCGUUGGUCCCGAAGGUCUCGGGCUUACCAACUGAAUAGAGUAAAUAUGGGUACCUUUCGAAUUUACAGUGGGGAAGGGGGUUUGUAUAGGUUUCACUAAUCCACAUGGUAACUAGUUAUUGGGUAGAACGCCCGCAGUCCAAAGAGCUGCGGCUAUAGAAAGUCUCGUGAUCAGGGAUGGGAUGGGACGGUGAUUUUGGAUCUUGUUUUCUCGUCGCAAAUCUUGCUUCCUGUAUAUAGAAUCAUCAAUAUAGUGUCUCCGAAUUGGAUGUUUCCACCAGCC